AUGGCUUCCGCAUUAGAAACUUUACCAGAUGAGCUUCUACUUAUGAUAUAUCUUUAUUUAGAGCCGUACCAUAUUUUAUUCGCUUUUCUACAAUUGAACGCACGAUUUGAACGUACUUUAGAAAAAUACAAACAGGAUUUAUGUCCAUACAAUAUGCAUUAUAUUGAUGCUGAACAUUUGAAUAAUCAGCUAAUUGAUCUAAUUCGUCAUUCAGUUAUGUCACUGACCCUGGAUGAUGAAUUUACUGGUGGCAUGUUAUUCAAACAUUUGUUCUUCCCGAUGUAUCCGCAUCUUCGUUCUCUUCAUAUCCGAUAUUGCGAUGAACAGCAACUGUCAAUGCACAUUCAGAAUGUCAUUCAUAUGUCAGAAUUAAAAACGCUAAAAAUCGAUCAGCUUACGAGUCCAUCUAAGAAAAACAAUUUUGCUGAAGAAGAUGGCAGAAAAGUUCAAUUAUUAAAGAACACUCUAUACAGUAUUAUCCCAAUAGAACAAGUUCAUUUGCCAGGAACGAUUUUUGACAUAUCAUGUCAAUAUUUGGAAGCUCACUGCAAUCUAAUACAGCAACUUUUUGUAACAGACACUACUUUCUUUAAGUUAUUCUUUCGUAUACUACCAUGGUCACGAAAUCUACGCCAUCUGUCGGUCAGUAUAGGUGAAGACUACGAUUUCGAAGAAGAUCAUUUUACUAUGUUGACAUUCUUACCUCUUCAACAUCUUGUAACACUACACUUACACAUUGAUAGCUAUGACGUAAAGUUUCCUCGUUUAACUGAAAUCUUAUUGCAUGUCGCCCCUAACACGCUUGAAUGUUUUUCACUAAGUGGAGUGUUCGAGUUUGAAUUGCCUGAUGGUGAAAGCUGGCGUGAAGUACUUUCUCAACUUCCUCGAUUGACGAAGUUCAAUUUGUUCUGUGAACAGCUUCUCAUGCAUGGUACAGAAAAUGAUUAUGCUUUAAACGAUGUCUACAACUCGUUUGCUAGUGACUGGUGGGUAAAAGAAAAAAAGUGGUUUAUGACAAUCUUACGUACCGAUCUUCCUGCAACAGAAUCGCUUCUCGAACAUACGAAAAUAUAUAUCCAUUCAGAUCCUCUCGAAACACACACGAGUAUUAAUUUACCAUUAUCAUCCAUUAAACAAAUUUUCUGCACCCGUCCUGAUCAUUUAUCUGCAACAGAUCGAUAUAUUGCUGUCGAAAAUCUAGAAUGUCAAGGUUUGAGUGGUCUUCAAGCUUUUCCGAAUUUGAAAUGUCUAACAUUAUUUGAUGGAUCAGACACACUUCCAACAACAUCGAAUGAAAUUCCUAAUCUUAAGUAUCUUACGCAUUUAACUCUCAGCAAAAUUAGUCUUACGAACAUAGAUGCAUUGUUUUCACAACUAAAAACUGCUACUCGAUGUCUUCGAUCGCUUGCCAUAACAAAUGAUAUGGUUUUCGAAUGUUUUCUUAAACAACAUACUUGGCGAGGUAUUCGGGAAUUUCAGCUUUCCACUGAGGAAAUUAACGAUGUCCAUAUUAUUGAACGUUUAGCUAACAUACUGCCUGAUCUACGCUUUUUACGUCUUGGACGAGUAAAAUAUGACGAUUAUUAUGCGAUUUUAUGUGACACACUUAAGUAUUGUCGAAAUCUUAUUGGAUUUAAAACUUAUUUUCUAGUUUUAAAACAUUUCGAGACAAAUACUGUACGCACGGCAUUUGUUGAAUAUCUCGACGAGUUGUUAUUGUACUACACGAGUCUCACUAUUGGAACCUACAAAGCUACUUUUGAUGAAGUGAAUAACACAUUGACUUUAUGGUUAUAG